AAGAGCCGAAUCCUCAAGCGGCCGGUAUCCGCGCUCCGCCGACCGGCAGCCCCAGUGAGGACUCGGCCCUGCAAGUAAAAGGGGAGGCAGGCGCCCCCGCAGAUCCACAGAGCCGCUGUUCUGAGAAAAUCCGAGCUGUGGUCACUCCGAGCAGACAGGCAGAUCCGGGGACAGCCCGCGCGCUCCAGGACCCCGGCGGCGGCGCGGCGCGGCGGGAAGGGGGAAGUUUCAAAGCCGAGUUCUGGAUUUGGUUUGCAGCUUCUCGCAGAAAUGAAGCUCCACUGCGACGUCGAGGUAGUCAGUCGGCAUUUGCCGGCUCUGGGAAUGAGGAACCGGGGUAAGGGCGUCCGGGCGGUGUUGAGCCUCUGUCAGACGCCCAGGAGUCAGCCUCGGGCUGGGGCUCGGGACGAUAGAGGCGGCCCGCACCCCACCUGCUUGCUCAUUUCCACCUUGAAGGACAAGCGCGGGACCCGCUAUGAGCAGCUAAAGGACAACAUUGAGCAGUUCUUCACCAAAUUUAUGGAUGAGGGGAAAGCCACUGUUCGGUUAAAGGAACCUCCUGUGGAUAUCUGUCUAAGUAAGGCCAAUUCCAGCAGUUUAAAAAGUUUCCUUACAGCUGUGAGACUGGCUCAUAGAGGUUGUGAUAUUGAAGCACGACUUACAACCUUCACACCAGUGAAGACUUCAGAAUUUGAAAAAUUUAAAACUAAAAUGGUUAUCACAUCCAAAAAGGACUAUCCUCUAAGCAAGAACUUUCCAUAUUCUCUGGAACAUCUUCAGACUUCUUAUUGUGGGCUCGUCCGAAUUGAUAUGCGUAUGCUUUGCUUAAGAAACCUGAGGAAAUUAGACUUGAGUCACAACCAUAUAAAAAAGCUUCCAGCUACAAUUGGGGACCUCAUCCAUCUUCAAGAACUUAACUUGAAUGACAAUCACUUGGAGUCAUUUUGUGUAGCCCUGUGUCAAUCUACACUCCAGACGUCACUUCGGAGUUUGGAUCUCAGCAAGAACAAAAUUAAGGCACUCCCUGUGCAGUUUUGCCAGCUCCGAGAACUUACAGAUUUGAAACUUGACGAUAAUGAAUUGAUUCGAUUUCCUUUCAAGAUGGGACAGUUGACAAAACUGCGUUUUUUGUCAGCAGCUCGAAAUAAGCUUCCCUUUUUGCCUAGUGAAUUUAAAAAUUUAUCCCUUGAGUACUUGGAUCUUUUUGGAAAUACUUUUGAACAACCAAAAGUCCUUCCGAUUAUAAUGCUGCAAACGCCAUUAACUUUAUUGGAAUCUUCUGCACAAGCGGUAUUAUAUAAUAGGAUUCCAUAUGGCUCUCAUAUCAUUCCUUUUCAUCUUUGCCAAGAUUUGGAUACUGCAAAAACCUGUGUUUGUGGAAGAUUCUGUCUAAACUCUUUUAUUCAGGGAACUACUACUAUGAAUCUACACUCUGUUGCUCACACUGUGGUCUUAGUAGAUAAUAUGGGUGGUACUGAAGCCCCUGUUAUGUCUUACUUCUGUUCUCUAGCCUGUUACGUAAAUUCCUGUGAUAUGUUAAAGUAAUAGGUGAUACUACAAAAGGAAAUUCCAUUUAGUUACAGAUCAGUUUGGGAUUCAUUUGUGGUUUAACUGUGUCAAACUGGAGAAAGGGAAGCCUUUCAUAUACUUGAGGGGAAGAUGUUACUCUAACAUUUUCAAUCAUUUGACUGUAAAACCUUAAUUUCAUUAAAACCUAUUUAAUUUCAUUGUGAAGAAACAAUUUUAUCAGUUUAUUGCACAUGUAUUUAUUUCAACCUAGUGUUUCCAGAAUGGGUUGUGGGUUAUCUUUUAAUGUUAAACAGAUAUUGAUCCCUAUCACUCCAGUCAUAGAGUUUUCUUAACAAUUUUCUUCUUGAGUUUCAAUUAAAAAAAUUGAGUUCCUAUAUGUAGAAAAUAUACCUUGAAGGACUAACAUAGUCUAAAUUUUAGUGAAAACUUGUUUGGUAUGAAACCACAUAAGCAUACCGCUUUUUGUGUUUUUCGAGUAUAUUAUUCUACGUAUGGAAUUCUAUAUUCAAGCAUAAAGUUGGAGCUGCUUUGGGAUAAACAGACUUCAGCUUUUAUAGGUUUUAUAAUGUUACUCACAUCUUUGUUGUGAUUUCUGUUUUUUAACUUCCAGAGUUGGAACACAGUUUUAAGGUUGGGUAGGAGUUAAAAAUUGCUACUUUUUACUGACUGCAUUCUGUAUUUGAAGGUUCUUUUUUCUGUUUAUUAUUUUAGUCACUUAAUAUUUUUAUUUUUUAAUUUUAAAAGUGGUAAUACACCAACUAAACUAUGAUGAGGAUUUGAACCAGGGGAAAGGAAUGGAAAAUGAAGCUGCUUGAAAAAAUUGUGGAAAACAAAAUCAGAACUGCUCCAUUCUGUUCAUUCCUAUGGCCCUUCUUCAGAUCAGCCUCUUUUUUAGAUCACUGCAAUAGCCUCAUAACCGGUUUCUGGGAACAAAGGAAGUAAAAGUUACUAGAGAAAGCCAUCUCUGGUCUUAGCAUACCAUUGCUGCUUUGGGCCAGGACUUACGGUUAGUCUGUGUAAGACUAUUUCUUAUGGCUUAGGUAGCUGCUACUUCCUCUGUCCUAAAAUAUUUAUUUGGAGCAUUUUAUUCUUUUCUGAAAUUACAAGUAUUCCCGAGUAAAUACUGUUUUAACUGUUAGAAGAGUUUUAUUAAAACUUUAUGUAUAGGAUCUCUAAAAUGUAGUUUCUUCUCAGAGUGGAUUCUUUGAUCCAGAGUAAUUCUUGGGUGACCUUAAAUUUGUUUUGCUUGUGGUCAAAUUCUUCCCGCAAAAGAUUUCUAUAUAAUUUCUAGUUUUCAUUUAAAAAAAAAUCAUAUAUAAUGCAAAAAUCGCUUACACAUUAAAAAGAGCUGCAUUUAGCUCCAUCUUUGUUCCAGGUGUUUUACAUACAGUAUUUGAUUUAAUCCUCACAAAUUACCCUAGGAGGUACCAUGAACCCAGACCAGAGAUUUUAAGCCCAGGUUUUAUAUACCUUCUAAAGUUAAUUCACUUAAGCUCUUAAAACCAAGAAUUCUAUAAUUAAGUAAAACAUCUUAGGAUUUGCUAAACUCAAAAUGUUGAAGGAUUACCCAUAAAUAUUAUGUAACUACAUUAAAGCAUUGUUCUUUUAAAAAUG